AUGUCUGGGCUUAGAAGAAACAAGCCCAAUUUGAAUGCUCUAGAGCGGCGAAAUAGCUCGAACCCGUCGCUAAUUCACAAAGUGCCGAGCUAUGACAGCGACGAUUCGGGGGCGGAUUUGAACGCCGUGCCGACAAACGUGUCACUGGAGUCGAAGCUGGUGUCUAUGUCGCGACAGGAGGAAGGCGCAUUGUUCAACAAGCUGGACUACGAUACGGAGAGCGUGAUCAGUGGACCUAAACCAACGACGUCCACAAGCAUCGAUUAUCUUCCGAGCCGGUCGAACUACGAGGAUCGAUCUGCUACACAGGAAUUUUUGUUUACGGAAAAACAGCGACCCAGCGAUAAGAUCGCCUCGACGGGCCAGAUGGUGGACGGACACGACGCGAUUUACGAGGAGCUGCGCACGAAGGGUCCGAACCGGAAAACCAGGUUCUUCAACAUGCGCUAUUUGGAAAACCUGCAUCAACUGAAGACGUCGCAGCUGGACCUGCUGGCACGGCUGGCCAAAGAUAACGAGUUUUCGUUUGCAGAGUUCCACCGGAUCUGGGAGGAUCACCAGCAUCAGGAUUUCGAUAUCAACACGAGCGACUUCUUCAACCAGAUGGAAGACAAGAACGCAGCCGCAGAAGAGCAAAUUGAUGAGCUCAAGCAGCGCAUCCUGACCAUGGACGCAUUUACCAAGGAGCUCUGGGAGCAAACAAGAACUAAAUAG